CUGAAUGAAUCAACUUGUAUUCUAGCAUUGGUAGCCUGCAUUGCUGGUUUCGUGUUGCGUCGUGUUUUUUCGGUCAUUUCCGCCGCAUCUCCUUCCUGUGAGUUGAUAGAAGCAAAGGCGAACGUUGGACGCCAUUUCUUGUCGGUUUUUAAUCUUUUGUUUGAAAUAAUAAUUUUAGUUCAGUCCUCAGAUUUGCAUAUUGAAUUAUCAAAUGAUUUGAUCCUGUGCACUGUACACUACAAUAGGGAGGGUGCUAUCCAAUCCGAUUGACCCUCGGUUUGAUUCGGCUCACAUCGUUCGUUGUAGGAAAAAUGGACGAGACGGACUCGGCAACGAAAGGACUGGCGCUGGAUGAAGCGUCCUCAAGCGCUGCUGUUGAAACGGUGGAGGAGGGGGUGGAUUCGGAUACAGAAUCGGAGGCCGAAGUCACAACGAUGACGGUAAUGGGAGAACCGGGGAACAUCGACAUUGGAGCCGAGUCCUUACCGAACCCUGACGAUGCUGAAGCAACGUUUGCGGAAGUGAGUACAGUCACAGUGGAAGGGGUUCACCCUACCGAGGACAAUGUCUUCACCGCUACCAUGGCAACCUCAGCUUCUAUACCAGAACACGUUCUUACUGGCAGGACCACUCUGCAGAUCAGUGACAGCAUGCACCCCCAGAAAGCCACCCUGAUAGUGGUGCACACGGACGGACGCAUCGUGGAAGCAACAGGACUGAAAGGCUCUGCUGCGGUCGUGACCUCUGACCCCCGGACUCCCACCACACCGAUGACCCCCGGUCAGGACAAAGAUGGCUGCUCCAAAUACAACUGGGACCCGUCUGUGUACAACAACGAGCUGCCUGUUCGCUGCAGGAACAGCAGUGGGAUCCUGUGCAAGAACAGACUGGGCUCAGGAGGGAAGGGCCGCUGCAUCAAGCACAACAACAAGUGGUACACUCCCACGGAGUUUGAGGGUAUGGCGGGCCGGGCCAGCAGCAAGGACUGGAAGAGGAGCAUCCGCUAUGCUGGCCGCCCACUGCAGUGCCUCAUCCAGGAGCGGAUCCUGAACCCUCACGCUGCAUCCUGCACGUGUGCGGCCUGCUGUGACGACCUGGCACUGUGCACUAAAGAUGGCGAGUCUUUCGGAGCAGAGAACAUAAAUAUGACUGGACCCGUGAGGUUGUUUGUCCCAUAUAAGAGGCGUAAGAAGGACAACGACCAGCCCUCCACCCCCGAGAAGAAGGAGCUUUCCCCAGCCAAGAGCAUCACGCUGGCCCCGGGAGCCACAUUCACCGUGUCCACGUCCGGACAGAUCACCACGGCCGGCACACUGACCUUCGACAGGACGUCUGCAGACAACGCCAGCGCCAUCUUGACUGAGGGCUCAGCUUCCAGCGAUGUCUUCUCCAGCAGCUCAGUACUGACGGCUCUCCCAGCCCUGGCUCUAGCCCCCCAGCCCGUGCAGGCCAAGGUGGCCCCCCCAUCCCCAGGCCUGGUCAACGGGCUGGAGGUGGGGGCCGGGGGGGUGGCGGGGCCCCUGGGGGACCCCCAGAGGACCUGGUCCUGCCUGGAGGAGACGGCCAACACGCUGCUGUCCAGCGUGCAGCAGCUCAAGACCCUGAUCCAGCAGGCCAGGCAGCAGGCUGGCCAGCCAGGCCCCGCCCCCGGCUCCGCACUUGCCCCUGGGCCCCCGGGUCAGGACAAAACUCUCAGCACCAGGAAGGAGCGUCCUGCAGCUCAGCCCUUCCAGAUCUCCUUCACACACCACGACGACCCCGACGGCAAGAGAGAGCCGGAGAUCGCAGAGAUCAUCAUCAACCAAGUGUGUGUGAACUGUGGAAGAGAGGCCAUGAGCGAGUGUACAGGCUGCCACAAGGUCAACUACUGCUCCACCUUCUGCCAGAGGAAGGACUGGAAGGACCACCAGCACAGCUGCUGCCAGACGGGCGGAGUCGGUCUGCAGGAGGAGGUGGCUGCCAUGGCAACCAUUGACAUGGAGAAAGUGAAGGUGUAGCCGAGGUAUCGAUGAGCACUCUGACAGCAUCUAGACAGCAUCCUGCCAGCACCGAGGGGAUAACUAAACCAGGCCAGGGCUAGGACCUGGUCUACCCACCAGACUAACUAACCCAGGCCAGGGCUAGGACCUGGUCUACCCACCAGACUAACUAACCCAGGCCAGGGCUAGGACCUGGACUACCCACCAGACUAACUAACCCAGGCCAGGGCUAGGACCUGGACUAUACACCAGACUGGUCUUCUGAGCAGACAGAAUCCACGAUGACGGAAUAUAAAUAUAUAUUUGUUUUUUCUGACCAAUCCUAAUUUGAUGGUAUGCUAUCGUAAAGAAAUUCUGAAAAUAGUUUUGGAGAAUUUGUUAUUGGUUUUCUAGAGUCAUCUGUGGACUGAAUUCUUUUCUAAAGCAGUGUUUGCUAAACACAAGACCAAACGUUGUUUUCCUUCAGCUGGGUGUGUGGGAGCACGUUCCCUAACAUUUCUUCCACUGUGACAUAUUUAAUUCAACAAUAUAUUUUGUAUUUAUUUAUUUAUGAGUACAUGAUGUUGACUAAGCAUUUAAAUGGUUCAGCCUAUCAUAUGUGCUGUAAUAAAGAUGUAAAAAGUGAACAUACAUUAUUUGCCUCAAGAGUUCAUUAAAAC